AAUUGCAUAAACGCGUAUGUGUGUGCAUAAUCGAAUUCGGACCGUCGAAUUCGACAUCAUUGGUUCAAAAUGUUAAGCAGAAAUGUAUCACAUUUUAGUCGGUUUCAGAGAUGUUUAGACACCAGACUGCUGCCUCGAUCACCGCACGCGACCGUGGUGGUUGCCAGAGGUAAAGAGAUCAGAUCCAGCGAUCGUCAUCUUCACACGAGUCGUCCCGUCAACGUUGCGUUCAUCAAGAAUCUUUUCUUGGGACAGUUCAACAAGGAAGAUGUCUUCCCAUACCCAGAAAUCUCCUUGGAGAAAUACAACGACCUCACCCAGAUGUGUGAGCCUAUCGAAAAGUUCUUCAAAGAAGAUGUUGAUUCUAAGAAGCAAGACCUUGAAGCUAAGAUUCCAGAUGAGACGCUACAAACCCUGAAGGACCUGGGUCUGUUUGGAAUGCAGGUCCCCCAGACAUAUGGCGGUCUUGAACUGUCCAAUACUGAGUUUGCCAGGAUAGCUGAAAUCACUGCGCUGGACGGUGCCAUAGCAGUCACAUUGGCUGCACAUCAAUCCAUAGGGCUUAAGGGAAUUUUAAUUGUCGGUAAUGACGAGCAGAAGGCGAAAUAUCUACCCAAGCUUGCAACGGGGGAACAUGUUGCAGCAUUUGCACUCACAGAACCUUCAAGUGGGAGUGAUGCAGCCUCUAUACGUACCUCGGCCACGCUCAGUAAGGAUGGUAAACACUACCUCCUCAAUGGAAGCAAGAUCUGGAUAUCCAAUGGUGGUAUAGCAGACAUGAUGACUGUGUUUGCCAGAACAGAAAUCACAGACGACCAGGGUGUCAAGCAGGACAAAAUCACAGCGUUCAUCGUGGAGAGAGCGUUCGGUGGUGUGACAAGCGGGAAGCCGGAGGAUAAACUUGGCAUCAGAGGAUCCAACACAACGGAAGUCUACUUUGAGAACACGCCCGUCCCAAUUGAGAACGUUCUGGGGGAGGUUGGAGGUGGUUUCAAGGUGGCUAUGAACAUUCUGAACAGCGGUCGCUUCAGCAUGGGUAGCUCUGGAGCCGGCAUGCUCAAAGUUGCUGUGGGCAUGGUAACGGAACACGCCAACACACGCAAACAGUUCAACACCAAGUUACGAGACUUCGGUCUGAUCCAGGAGAAGAUAGCCCAGAUGACGAUUACUGCCUACGUGAUGGAGAGUAUGGCGUAUCUGACCGCUGGCAUGCUGGACAGACCGGGACCCCAGGAUUGCUCACUGGAGGCUGCUAUAGUCAAGAUCUUCAGUUCGGAAGGUUCCUGGACCCACGUGAGUGAGGCCCUACAGAUCCUAGGUGGUCUAGGCUACAUGAAGGAUUACCCGUAUGAGAGGUACCUGAGAGACGCUCGCAUACUGCUCAUCUUUGAAGGCACCAAUGAGAUCCUGCGUAUGUAUGUCGCCCUCACAGGCAUGCAGAUGGCAGGCAAGGAACUGUCGGAAACCGUCAAGAGGUUACAGAGUCCUCUCAAGAAUCCAGGCUUUGUCUACAAGGCUUUCAUGGACCGUCUCCUCUACAAGAUGGGCAUGAAGACAGGAGUCAAGCUAGACCAUGACAGCGGUGGUGUCCAUCCAGCUUUUAAUGAUGUUGGUAAGAACUUGGAGAAACAUGUCACCCGAUUUGGCUACACUGUGGAAAGUCUACUUGCUAAGUACAAAAAGGGAAUUGUGAAUGAGCAGCUAGUCCUGAAGCGCAUAUCAGACAUCCUGAUUGACGUGUAUGCUAUGACGGCAGUCCUGUCCCGUGCCUCACGAUCAAAGACCAUCGGUCUGCGGAACUGUGACCAUGAGAUGUUGAUAGCCAAGACGUUCUGUCAACAGGCCGAGGAGAGGAUACAGAAGAACUUCUAUGACAUUGGUCAAGCACCGGAUCAUAACGGUGAUUCUUCCCUGGAGAGGAUUGCCAGUGAGGUGUGUGACAACCGAGGGUACGUAGCUGCCCAUCCACUGACCAGGGAAUUCUAGAUAACACUGUCUAAAACAAUGUUCUUGUCAACUCCAUCACAGUCCAUCACAAGUAGGAAAACAAAUUCCUCUUCACUAAUUUCGAUAAAUAUAUUGAUUUCUACCUCCAUGUUGCUAUUGGCACCUACCUGGGGUCAUCGUAAUAAACCCAUAUGGGUUUCUGGAUGGCCCUCACUACGAAAAGAAAAAUAACCCUUACUUUAAUUUCUAAAUAGAAAAUAUGUUUGUUUUUAACUGAAAUAUACCGAGGCAUUCAUGGAUUGAUUGACAAGUCUAGUCAAAAGUAAAUUUUGUCCAGUCAGAAGUAAUUAGGGUCAGGAUGAAAAACAACAACACAUACUUUUGACACAGUUCUUGUAAGUAGCUUGUGUCGCAACUUGAGGACUUCUGAUGACUUAUGAUGACUUGUGAUACACUUUUGAUGACUUGUGAUGACUUAUGAUGACUUGUGAUGCACUUAUGAUGACUUGUGAAAUUUGAGAGCUUGUAAGGACUACAGCACCGUUUAAUUAAGAAUAAAUACUGGACAGGGGCCAUAGACUAUUAACCACGUGACGCCGGCUGAUGGCUCUAGACGCAGCUCGAUCAAAGCCAAUAAGCAGGGGGGGUGGGGCUGUUAUUGCCGCAUUCCUGCUGCAUAGCUGCAUUAAGUCAUACGCAACGGCCGAAUGCCUGCACGUACACAUUCCACCCAAUGCGCAGCUGUCUCCAUGGCCGAACGAUACCGGCGUCAAGGGUUAAAAGGUCUCCGUUUUAAUGCAAUGCAUGUAUAUUUACUGUGAAUACACCACAAUUUAACACGAAGUUAGGCCUUACAUAAGUCAUUCCCAUGAAUGAAAAGCGUACGAAUUUAUUACCAUACAGUGUAUUCUUUUUUUCAUAUUAAAUUAUUUGAUUUUUUUCUUCCGUGUUCAACUGUGCUUAAUAGCUAAAGGACAUUCAUUAUUGUCAAAAUAGGUUCUGAAGCUAAUGCUACUUUGUACCUUUAAACUUAUCUUUCUCUUGAAUUAUUUGCAUUUUAGGAUUUAAAAGAAUCUAUUAAGGAUAAAGUAGGAAGCACAUAUCAAAGAAAAUCUCUUGUCUCCUUAAUGAAUAGGUCCAAUGGAAUUUCUUUCUUUUUUCUGUGUGGUUGACUCAAUAUUCACAGUUAAAAUUUGAACAAUACUUGAGAUAAUUGUCCGGAGGUUUUUAAAUAGUGACUUAAGAUAUCUUUUGUGUCCAAAUCUGCCUGACGUGGAUGUAUUAGAAGAAAACCCUGAAAGGAAUCCAAAACCUAAAUAUAUAAUUGCCAGUUGCAGCUACUGGCUUCCAAUGAUCUUAAAAAAUGUACAAUUCUAAUUACAAAGCAAUGUCUAAUUACUUGUUUCAUUUUAAAACUUAGUAUACAAUGUAAUAUUUAUUGUGGUUUCCUCAGUAGUGUAGUUUUGCCACCCAGUCAAAUACCCAAUUGGUUUUUGUGCCAUAUCAAUGCAAAUACUUCAGUUUCAUUAUUAAAGAUGAUGCUUCAAGACAGACUUUUAUUUUGUUCAGUGUGUUUCAGGUUUGGUUCAUUAUGAUUACAAAGGUGUGAGAACUUUCCCAAAUGUUCAUUUGGGUUGAAAAUAAGAAAAUCGGCAAAGAUAUUAUGUAAUAAGUGGAGUGAGGAUUUAUUAAACGAGGACAUCUGUGGAACCAUUUCAAACGUCAUUUGAUAACAAUUCACUUUUGUAAUACAGGGUAUUUAAAAGUAAAAAAAGGAAACCCAGAUCUAAAUGUGAAUUAUAAACAUUUUUAUUAAUAUUUUCAAAUAAGUUAAAGAU